AGCGUGGGCUCCAGCACAGCGCAAGUGCUGGCUAGCGUUGCGAAGCUGCUUGCAAGUUAAGCAAUGACGGGUGACAGGCGUAGUAACGAAUCCCCGACACCGGGGCGCAGCGGGCCUCGCCGACCGGCCAGACGGCAGAGUUCGGGUCGGCAAGUGACCCCUGCCCAGCAGGUACCUGCUCAGCAAGCUCCUGUGGCUACCCAGCAAGUACCUGCUCAGCAAGCUCCUGUGGCUACCCAGCAAGUACCUGCUCAGCAAGCUCCUGUGGCUACCCAGCAAGUAUCUGCGCCUGCCGAGCCAGUACCUGCUCAACAAGUUCCUGUGGAUACCGAGCGGGUAUCUGCUCAGAAAGGAGCUCUGCCCGUUAAGCAAGUACCUGUGCCUGCCCCACGAAUAUAUGCUCAGCAAGCACCUGUUCCUGCGCAGCAAGUGCCUACUCAGCAAGUACCUGUGCCUGCCCAGCAAGAAACAGUGCCUGCUGCACAUCCAGCAAUUGAGAAAGUGUCUACUCAACGAUUACCUGCCCAGCGGUCAUCUACUCAGCAAACAUCAGCUGCUGCCGGAGAUAGUAACAUCAGGGGAAGAAAAGAAAAGAUGGGAGCAAGACCCGUGCAGAUAGUUGUAGCUAAGGAUGAUCACACUUUUGAACUGGAUGAAGCAGCACUUCAGGAAAUACUACUGCAAGAUCAUGUGAAAGACAAGACUGUAGUUGUUGUUUCUGUGGCUGGAGCCUUCCGCAAAGGAAAAUCUUUUCUGCUUGAUUUUUUCCUGCGUUACCUGAAGGCACAGGGAAGAGCUGACUGGAUGGGGACAGAUGAAAUGCCCCUGGAUGGUUUCUCAUGGCGUGGUGGUUCCGAGAGAGAUACUACUGGAAUCCUGCUGUGGUCUGAAGUGUUCAUAGUGGAUCUCCCAACUGGAGAACAGGUAGCAGUAUUAUUAAUGGAUACUCAAGGUGCCUUUGACAGUGAAAGUACAGUGAGAGACUGCGCAACAAUAUUUGCACUUAGCACAAUGGUCAGUUCAGUGCAAAUAUACAAUUUGUUGCACAACAUACAGGAAGAUGAUUUACAGCAUCUGCAGUUGUUCACAGAAUAUGGCAGGCUGGCCCUUGAGGACAGUGGUACGAAGCCUUUCCAAAAACUUCAGUUCCUUGUUAGAGACUGGAGUUUCCCUUAUGAGGCAGAGUACGGAGAAUCUGGAGGACGCAAAAUACUAGACAGGAGAUUGCAGAUUUCAAAGAAACAACACCCAGAAUUGCAGUCACUACGACAACACAUAAGGUCGUGUUUUUCAGAUAUUUCAUGCUUUCUUAUGCCUCACCCAGGACUGAAAGUCGCCACACAUCCUGAAUUUGACGGUAAACUUUCAGAUAUUGAGAAUGACUUCAAGGUUCAGCUGCAGAGGCUGAUUCCAAUGUUACUAGCACCUGAAAAUUUAGUGCCAAAAGAAAUUGCUGGUCAGAAAGUGAAAGCAAAAGAAUUACUACAGUAUUUCAAAUCAUACAUUGAAAUAUAUAAAGGAGACGAGUUGCCAGAACCAAAAUCCAUGCUUGUUGCAACAGCUGAGGGUAACAACUUGGCUGCCGUGGCAGUAGCAAAAGACACUUACAAGCAUGACAUGGAAGAAGUGUGUGGUGGCACAAAGCCGUACCUCAGUUCAGCUCAUCUUGAGGCCGAACAUAAUCGUGUUAAAGAGAAAGCAAUACACCAAUUCCGAAGUAAGCGUAAAAUGGGAGGUGAUGAAUUUUCAGAAAAAUAUAGGGAAGCUCUUGAAAAGGAUUUGGAUGAAAUGUUUGUCCAAUUUAAACUGCACAAUGAAAGCAAAAAUAUAUUCAAAGCUGCAAGGACACCUGCUGUUUUCCUGUCAAUUGCUGUUGUCUUUUACUUGGCAUCUGGGAUUUUUGGAUUGUUGGGAAUUUAUACAAUGGCAAAUAUGUGCAAUUUAACGAUGGGAACAUCACUUUUGGUGCUCAUUUUAUGGGCAUAUAUCAGGUACAGUGGAGAGCUGUCUGAAAUUGGAGAACAACUUGAUGAAAUGGCCAACUUCUUAUGGCAAAAUGUAAUGAAACCAGUCUAUCAGCAUUUUGUGGAAGUUAGCAUCCAGCAAGCUGUAAUCCAGGCAACUGAGUCGGUAACGAGCGUUAAUUCAACCCAAGCCAAUGGUAAAUUGAAACAUACAUGACUAUUGGUGAAUUAGAGAAUGUCCUUAUUUUUGUGAUAUGUGUGUGUAAUGAAGAGUGAUUCAAUGAGGACAGAGAAUGUGAUACUUAAGAAACUUUUAAGUAUGGCGUCUCAGUGUCAGCCACGUCAGUGCCUAAUGUAACUAUCUUCCAGUGAUAAAUCGAUAUCUCGUGAAUGAUACCAUAUUAUAUGUUAUCAUCCUUUGUGGAUGAAUACUAAUUUACAUAGUCGCUUUUUGUUUAAAAGUUCUACCUCCCUCAGAUCUUGGUUUUGCUAUGCGAAUGUGAUUCAGAUAAGCAGUGCACACACAAUAUUUUAAGAGGAUAUGUAGAGUUACUUAAUACUCUAAUGAUAAUAAACUUGAGUGGUAGCUGUAUUUUAGCACUGCGAAGAUUAAUAUUUUAUGCAAAAAUCAAAUCUUAUGACAUAUAUAAUUUCAGUGAUUUUUAAAAGUUUGUAAUAGUACAAAAGGGUGAAAGAGCAUAGCUGUUGCAGAGGAGUUGAAUUGUUGUUCAUGAAUAAAUUUGUAUGUACUUUUGGAUAUUUCUACCAUCUUAAACUGGAACAUAAAAGUUUUUCUGUACCAAGUUUUUACACUUGUCAUUUUGGUUUAUUGUUUUCCACUGAAGUUAGUAAUCUCCAUAGUUUUUUGUUACUUUUCCAAAUUAGUAUGUCAGAGGAACUGGAAAAUAUAAAUCAAAGUUUUACAUGAUGAAAGGGUUGUGGAUUUAUUUAGUUCAAACUCAAAUUAUUUAAAAUUGGUACUUUGUAAAUAAAAUCUGAUUUAUUUUAAAUUCUUGUUGUACGAUAAUGUUAAAGAUUUCAUUACAUUCUAUUUUGUAAUUUUCUUUGCAUAGCAGCAGCACACAACUACUGGGUAGCAACACUAUUAUUGUUGUUGCAAUGUUGUGCAGAAUUCAAGUGUUCUGUAUUAUGAAGUUUUGAAGUGAACUUUGUUAUAUUUGCACUAGAGUUAUAUGAAUUUACAUCAGAUAUAUGAGAGAAAUUAUUUUCUACAGUUGUUAAUGUGUUUGUAAAAAUACGAAUCCAUAUCAGUUGUUAAAGAACUGGAAUGCUGGUUCGUGAAAUUAGAAUUAUUAGUUCCUAUUCAGGACUGUGCCAUAAUGUUGACUGCCCAGAAAUCUUGCCGCUAUGCAGAUCAAGAUGUGGGAUAAAUUUCACAGCAUGAAUAAUUGUGCUCAAUGUAAUACAUUAAGCUUGUUUAUACAGUAAAUUUUGUAACAUCAUGUUGUUAAUAAUGACAAUGAAAAAGCUUCCUGUAAUUAUCACUGGGUUUGGUGAAUAAAUCCUUAUUUUUGUA